CUCGCGCCACGUAGCGUAGGUGAUGCUCUUAACCCAGGAAGACGGAUCACAAAACUGGAACCAAAACUCGUCGUUACCGGCGUGCAGCGAUCGCGGAACGAGGCGCGAUGCGCUGAAGGGGCCAACGUGCCUGUGCUGCCCAACGGAAACAUACAAACAAUACCGUCGGCAUUGCAGCCACCGCCUGUGCUUCAAGUUCAGACCCUGGUGCAGCCUCAGGUCCCCAUACCAACCCAGGUCCAGACUCAAGUUCGUGUCAAUGGCUUUUACCUCAUGGACUCCGGUGACAGCUCCAACGUAUUGUAUAGCGCUGGCAACAGUUCCGCCAGCACGUCACCGGCGAACUACGACAGCAUCACGCCGCCAGCGUCACGUCUGAUAGAUCUCAGUAAUCAUCUGGAGCAUCGCAACCUGUCGUCAAAUUAUCAUCAGCAAUCAUUGCACGCGCCCCAUCCGCAACAUCUUCAUUCAAUUGAUUAUCAGCAACCGCCUUAUGUUUAUGAGAAUUUGGACGAAAACAAGAGAUAUCACAAUUCUCAUCACACACACACACAUCAUUCUCCAGAUCAUCCGGACGGCAAGAUUUUGAGGGAUCUUCAGUCGGACUACAAUCGACGGAUAUCUAAUAACACGGGUUCCGAAUUAUUAUCGGACUACAAUAGGGACCACGAACAGCAUAUAUGCGUGACUCCGCCGUCGCAGAUUUUCACAUCUGGAAACGAGGACAUGAUUGUUCCUACCAGACCACACCAAUCUCAAAGUCAAGGAUCUUAUCGCAACCACCCGAAUAUGACAGAAUACAAGUCGGAGGAGAUGGAAUACGAAGACGAGCAGGUGGUCGAUCAGAGGUACGGCUAUCAACAGACGGAGCUCAACGGUCAUGUGACAGAGCCAUCAUCGACCAAGAACUAUGCGGCGGAAAAUGGUAGAUCACCUACUAAAAGAAGAAAGAAGUUUAUCAACCAAAUCACUAAUAAUAAUGAGCAUGAGAGCGAGGCGACUUCUCCGAUGAAAAUUAAAGUACGUCGGAAAAGCGGCGCGAGCUUCGAAGAAAUUCAAAACCAGCGAGUGAUGGCGAACGUCAGAGAACGCCAACGAACACAGAGUCUUAAUGAGGCGUUCGCCGCUUUGAGGAAGGUAAUCCCCACGCUACCAAGCGAUAAACUCAGCAAAAUCCAAACGUUGAAACUCGCGGCGAAGUAUAUCGAGUUUUUGCAUCAAGUAUUACGCAGCGAUUUGGAUAAAGACGAUGGUGCUGAGAACAUCGCAGGUAGAAGUGCCAGAAAUGCAAUUAUAGCAGCGAGACAGAGUAGAGACUUACCGUGCAGUUACAUGGCGCAUGAAAAAUUAUCUUACGCCUUCAGCGUUUGGCGUAUGGAAGGCGAUUGGAACUCAAAUAUGUAAGAUGAGUGGUCGUUAGGAUCAUACAUGUGGGUGAGAAAGUAUAUAAGUUACGUUAUCAAGCACAGAACAAGAUUAGGGCAAGGAACUUUGUGCUCGUUAUACGGUUGUUUUUCUAUAGUUAUUUCUAUUUUUUUACUAAUUAAGAGAUUCCUUAUAUUAAUUCCAUUGGCAUAAGAAAGCUCGAGUAAUUGAUAUUAUAGUCUGAAUCUAAACAAACAUAGCUUAGUGAAGUAGGCCAACAUCAAAGUCUUAUUGUAAAAUUAUUGUGCAUUCGGAAACUAAAUGGUAGCGGGUCCUUUUUUUUAUGAAUUUGCUUUUUAUCAAAAAUAAAUUUUAGAUACAGGAUACAUUUCAAAAUAUAUCAAAGAAAAGAUGAUGCUAUCAUUUAGUUCCUGAAUGUAAUACAUUCAGAACAGAAAGGUUACCCGCACUUUUUGGCGUGAGUUUAUGACUUUUCGUCUUAUCUAAAGGUAGAUUUUGUUUUCCAAUGGGAAAAAUUUUCCAAUGGACAAGACAGAUAAAUUCACAAACUCACCCUAAAAAAUUACGAUUAAUCUUCCUGUGCACGAAUGUGUAUACGAAUGCAAGAUAGUCGGAUAUAUUUAUUUACAAAACGUGUUAAUAAAACAUUAUCACAGCAUACACAGAUUUCCAACAUGAUCAUGUAAAAUUUUCUUUUUUAAUAAUGUAAUCUUGAGUUUAAUUUAAGUCGAAAACUUUUAAUGUCGAGAUUUUUAUUAUUGAUAUUUAUCUUUUUUAACAAUUUUAAUCUUUUUUAAUCUUUUUUUAUUUAUCUUGUUUAACAAUUUUUGAAUUAUAAAAGAUUAAUGAUAAUUAAUUUUUUAAUUGUAUAUAUAUGUAUCAUAUAUAUAAUAAUUAAAAUAUUUUUAAGUUAUAAUAAUAAUAAAUUAGUUUGCCAAAAAUGUUCAAAUUUCGUUAAAACAACUCGGGGUUAAUACGCGCGCGUGUAAUUUAUUUUGUUAUUUUUAUAGCUGGGAAUUUUUAGGAGAUUAAAGCGACGAUCGUGUUGGAAAACUUGAGGCUUUUAAAACAAAUAUUCGUGCGGAGUUAUUUUCUGAGUAACAUGGCGUUAAAGUCAAUGCUUGGACACGUAUGUAAUUCUGGACAUUCUUAUUGUUUUUGAUUUUGAUUGACACGAAUAUUUAAACUUUCAAUGUAGAGCAAAAGUUAAAGUUGAGACUUUAUCAAAGCAAACAAAGAAUAAGAUAAAUAAAAGUCAACUGCCGAUCUUAAAGGAGAAAAUCACAAUUUAAUAAAAGUUUGUGGCGCAUUUAUUUAUUUAAGUAUUACAAAAAUUCAGACAUUUCGGCCCAAAUUUCGGACUCUCUUUAGUGAUAAUUACAGUGGCUUACAAGUUCUUCUAUGCGACUUAAACGAUUUUUUUGUAACUAUGUUUUUGAAACUAAAUUGUUUGUAAUUAUCACUGAAGAAGGUCUGAAACUUGGACCGAAACGUCUGAAUUUUUGUAAUAUUUAAAUAAAUGUAUCACAAGCUUUUAUUAAAUUGUCGCCUUUAAGAUCGGCAGUUGGCUCUUAUUUGCCUUAUUCUUUGUUUGCUUUCAAUAUAGAAUAUAGAAUAUAUAUGUACAUUAUGCUUAUAUACUGAUAUUUAUAUACUUUAUAUUGUUGAAAGUUUAAAUAUUCGUGGUUAACUCUGACAAUGUUACCUAUGUAGAUUAGGUACUCUAUACUAGAUAUUUCUAUACUAGAUACUUCUAUACUAGAUUAGUAUAAUCUCAUAUGUACUAGACGUAUUCUCUCUAAAGUUUCAUUAUAAUGAUGCUCCUUCUAAAAAUCUUAUUGUAUCUUAUUAUAUCUUAUUGUAAAUUAUUAUCUUAUUAUAAAUACUUAACAAAAAAUAUUCAAAGAUGACUUGAUAUUUUAUUGCUUUAAUUGAUUAUAUAUUAUCUUAACAUUUAUUAAUCAACCUCUGAAAUGAAUUGACCUCUGAAAUUCUUCAAAGGAGGGGUUCUCUUCUCGUCUCAUGCCUCAUCUUUCAUGUAUAUUUCGAGCUGUCCUCUCUUCAUUGACUCGAAAUUUCAAAGUGUGAGUCCAAAAGUCAUAGUGUAAUUUUGAAGUAGCAUAGAUAAUUUUCGACUAAUGAAGGCAUUUUGUAUUCCUUUAUUUUCUCCUUUCUUGAAAUUUUCAAUUUUAUAUGAUAAAUUUGUGAAUAAUAUGAAAAAAGAGGUGCAGGGAUGCAAAUCUUAGAUUACGUCUUAGAAACAUAGGAAAUAACGGUCAAAAUUAAGAAUCAAAACAAUAAGAACGUCUAUCGUUAAGUAUUUGUCCAGGAUAUUUCUCUAAUCCUUAUCCGCAAACGUUGCGCACGAACAACCAUGGUAAAUCUCUCAUUUGCCAUUUCUUUACGCAUUGAAUUUCGUUUUCACAAGAGCUGUUGAUAUUACUUAAAGUUAUUUCCCUCGUAUUUUAUUCGCAGAAUAAACGUAUUUGAAAUAUAUCCACCUAUCUUCAAUUCAUUCGACAUCGAUGGUUAGAAGAAAUUGUAGAAGUGGUGUAGAAUCGUGGUUAGGGAAAUCUUCAUUUGUGUUCUUGAUCGCUUGUAGAUCGAGACAUUAUUGUAAAGACGUAAUCUUGCAUCUAAAUUAUCCCUAUUAACGUGGACAGGAUAUGCGAUCAACCGAAGAUACGAGAUCACGAUCGUGGCGCUUUGCCGUCGCGGAGUUUCGGAACGUGAGACGAUCCUGCGGAUGAUCUCAUGACUACGAAAACGUCGCGGUGAAUGCACGGUCGGCAAAUCACGUCCACGUGUACAUUCAGACAGGACAGAUAAUCACAAAGACGUUAAAAAAUAAUUAAGAAACUCGUUUGUCGAUCAUGAUUCGAUCAUCUUCUUGUCAUUUCGACGUCACCGUGAUCUUAUGUUCUGCUUGGGAAUGUAGUUAACGUUAACCAAAGAAUAUGUACCAAAGGGAUACGAAUGUCUAAUAAGUGAAUAAGAAAUGCCCGUAUGCUAUGCGCAAAACCGUUACAAGGCGGAUUGAUCUCACUCGCGCUCGAGCAAUUACGCGCGGCGUUACGCUCUUCCGGCUCGCUCGCCGACCCUUUGAAAUUUAAUCACAGCAGUUAAUUUUGUCCUCGUUAAUUCAGCAGCACGACUUUGCCGGUCCACUCACUCGCUCGUUCGCUCGUCGCAAUAAUGUAAGCCAAUAAUUUACGUCUUCUCAUCGGACUAUUAACGGCACGACAACAUGGCAAAGUGCGUCGUCGUCGUCGUCGGCGACGGCCUCGGCGUCAUGUAAGGCGCGUUUAUUAGCCAACCCCGCGUUACGCACCUGCAUUAAUCAGCGGAAUUAUCUAGUCCGGAAAGCUAGAAUGAUCGCGACACGAUGAAUCUUUGUCUCGCGAGGCAACCAUCUCUCUUCCCUUCCUCUCUCCCUUCCCCCCUAUUUCUUUCUCUCAUUCUCCCUUUCAAUCUUUCAUUUUACGAAGAUAUUCUUUCGAUAAACAUUUUUCUCUAAACUCAAUGUUGUAUUGUACGAGGGUAGUCUCAGAAGUACCCGACCUGACGUAUAGAUGGCGGUUGUUGUUUGAAAAAAAUCACUAUGGCCGAAAGCAUCAACCUUAUAAAGCUGAAGUUUGAAGUUUCAAGACGCUACGUCUAGUAUUAGUUUGGCAGUCAUCA